AUGGCAUCGACAUGCAUCUACGAGCACGAUGCAGCCACAAUAAUACCGGCACUGGUAUCUGAACUGCCGUAUUCCACGUCUCUGCUCCGGCGAAUCCAACAUGGAAUUGCAUAUCCGUCUGAGACCGCCCACAUACUGGCAACUUUCCCGCCCGGUUUAACCCCUGAGCCUGGACAGCCGUGGCUGGCUGCGCGAGUGGAUCUCUUUGGCGGCCGCACAACACAAAUGUUGAUCUACUCGAGCCUCGAAGCGGAGCACACGUCAAUUCCGCCGAUCGCCCCUGUCAGCGAUAGUACCGGAGCCACACCGGAGAUAUUAAUUGUGGACUCAACAGGAUCCAAUAAUAACAGAAACAAUGCCAAUAGCAAUGAUGAUCUUGCCGACACCGAUGCUGACAUCAACAAUAUAAUCACCAAGUCCACUGUUUCCACCUUUUCCGCCAGCCCACCCAUCCUAGCCCUGGCCCGCGCGCAGCUAUUGGCUUUGCUGUCAUAUGUUAAGACGUACCUGCUACCGUCCUACCUGUCAUAUCUGGCGAAGUCAGCUCAAGCCACAUCUACGGAAGCUGAAACUACUCCCGUGUUGAUAUCCUCGGUGAUCCCAAACAACACCAAUGCCACUACCAAUAAUAGUAGUGUUCCCCUGAUUCCCGCGCCAGACCCAGAGGCCUUCCUCAUCGGCAGCCUUCAUACUGGUCUAUUCUCUCUCCUGCAGCAAUCAGGCUCUUACACUCAAUCUGACCCGAUACCCAAUAUCCGGGUCCAUCGCUUCGAUGAUCCGCCUUAUUACAAGUACUUCUUUCGGAGAUCGGGGUUCAGCCCCGAUGCAGAGUCUGGAAGAUCUGCAGAUUUGCCGUACGAUGAUCUGUCCCUGCCGCCCGGGUAUAGGUUCCAUGACCGAGAGGGGAGGGAGGGUGUUCUGAGUAAGCAUCUGGAUCUUGUGCAGAGUCGGACACAUAUCCCCAGGCCAAGGACACAGCUAUCUACAAUGCCCGGCAUGGCGGUUUAUCUUGAUUCUGGCUCUAGUGAUGCUGAUGAAAUGCCUAUUGCAUGGGGAUUCUUGGGUGUGGAUGGAGCGUUGGCGACGUUGCAUGUUGAGCCCGAGCAUCGGGGUCGCGGGCUUGCGGUUCCAUUGUCUAAAGCUAUCAUGCGUCGUGGGAUGUCAGUAGAUGGUGUGUUUGGAGCUGGAAGUGUCCACUCUGAGGAUAGUCAGACUCGAGAGCGUGUUGGGGCUUGGGCGCAUACUGAGGUGGCUGGGUAUAAUAACGCGAGUCGGAGGGUCAUGGAAAAGAUUGGCGGUCAGGUUUUGACGACUGUCACCUGGACUGUCCUUGAGCUGCUCGAUUAA